GCGAGCCUCGACCGAGACGCACGUAUCUCACGCUCACACACGCACCUGUGGCGUUCGGCCGCCAGAGAAGGACGAAAUAAGUGCGUGGAACCUCCCCCUCUAAACCGUGCGUUCGAUUUUUGUUGUGCCAAACUGAAAAGUGUGUUUGUUUAGUUUGUGACUUAGUGAAGAUUUCAAAAUUUUGUGCCAAACAAGUGCCAACGAACACAAUGCAAGUGAAACCACAGUGACAGACGAACAGCAUCGCUUAAAGUUUAUGCUUGUUUAACAAAACAGUAGUUAGUGAAUCAAAAUGUACAAUUUGCAGUGCCGGUGAUGUUAGACUCGUGAAUUUUCUAGAUUAUGUUGAGUCCUAACUCUAGUGUUUGUAGUUAUUAUUGUUGUUAUCAAAAUGUGCGCGAAAUUGUUGCACGUGGUUGCUGUUUUGUGUGGAGUGGUGUCAGUAUGCGGUUUCCAACAGCAAUACUUCAGAGUGGUCCCGCGAAAUACCAGGGUCAUAGAGGGCUCAGAAGCUAUCCUUCAAUGCGCUGUGGCCAACCUGGCUGGGCAGGUGCAAUGGGCUAAAGACGGCUUCGCGCUAGGUUACUCAUCCGUGAUCCCGGGCUUCCCGCGCCACACCAUGUUCGGCGAUCGCAAGCUCGGCGUCUACAACCUACGUAUAGUCGGCGCCACCUUGCAGGACGCGGGGGAAUAUCAGUGCCAGGUCGGCCCCGCCAGCCAACACAAGGUCAUCCGCGCCAACGCCAGCCUCGUCGUUCUAGCGCCGCCAACCUCCGUGGAGAUCCUGGGGCACCCGCCCGGCUCCCGCCUGGAGGUGAGGCAGGGCGCCGACGUGGCCCUCGAGUGCCGCGUGCGGGACGCGCGCCCGCCCGCCCAGCUCCUGUGGCAUAAGGGCAGCCAGCUCAUUAAGGGAGAUCGAGUAUCGAAAGAAGAAAUUAGGACGGUCGAGAGUGCUGACGGGAAUCCUAAGACCACGCGAUACACCACAGUGUCCAGGCUACAAUUCAAGGCUUCGGCGGACGACGACUACGCGGACUUCACGUGCGAGGCGCGACACGAGGCGUUGCCGCGCGACAACCCACUGCGCAGUAGCGUGCAGUUUAGUGUUCUAUACCCCCCCGGCGCGCCGUACAUCGAGGGCUACACACCCGGCGACACGGUGCGCGCCGGACAGACCGUGGAGCUGGUGUGCAGGAGCCGCGGCGGCAACCCGCCCGCCCAGCUCGUGUGGUACCGGAACCAGGAGCAAGUCAGGAUGGCUUACAGGACCAGCGGCCGUAUGUCAGAGAACGUGCUGUCGUUCGUCGCGUCAGCCAAUGACAACAAGGCGCGCUACACGUGCGAGGCCAAGAACGUCAUGAUCAGCGAUACAUUGAAGGCUGAGGUGGACCUUACUGUGCUUUUCGCCCCAACCCACGUGACCAUCUCGGGCGCCUCCGAAGCCAGAGUCGGAGAUGCGGUCUCUCUGUCUUGCGCCACGUCGGCAUCCAACCCCGCGGCCGCAGUCAAGUGGGUGGUGGCGGGGAAACAGCAGAGGGGGGAGGGGAAUGAGACCGCUAUUGCUCCAGAAGGAGGCUGGAUAACCAAGUCCAACAUCACAGUGGUGAUCGAGCCCCAACGUCGCUCAGUGGUGGUGGUGUGUCACGGCAUCAACGCGCAACUGACAGACAGUGUGGUCGCCACGCACACUAUACAUGUGUUCUACCCACCCUCAACCCCCAUCAUCACGGGCUACGUCCCAGGAACCACACUCGCCGCCGGCGCAGUACAGAAACUACAAUGUAUCUCCACCGGAGGCAACCCGCUAGCCACGCUGACCUGGUACAAGAACGAUAAGAAGAUCCACUCGCAAUCCAAGACCACCGACAAGUCAGUGUCAGCAGAAGUGUCCAUACUGACCAACGUCAGUGACAACAUGGCGGUGUAUAGAUGCGCCGCUACUAACAGUGCCACCACUGUACCACUGAUUGAUAGUGUGACUCUUAGUGUUCAUUUUGCCCCAGAAACGGUGAAAGUGCGAGUGGAACCGACAGAGCUAACUCCGGGGACGGAAGCGAGGCUGUACUGUGAUGCGGCUUCCAGUAAUCCACCAGCCCAGCUGUCUUGGUGGCGCGAUGGGAUCCCUGUUCAAGGUCUCCCGAUGCAGAUGAAGAAAGGUCUCCACGGCGGCACAGUGUCAUCUAUAGAACUCAAACUGAAUGUCAGCAAGGAACAUAAUGGCGCAGUCUACACUUGUCAGGCGAUGAACGAGGCCCUGCAGAGGAGUGUGCACGACGCUUUGGCUCUUAAAGUAUUAUACGCGCCAAUAUUCGACGUCCCCUCACCCCCGCCCUCGCUCGGAGUCGAGAACCAAACCCUGACCAUCACCGCCACCGCCACCGGGUCCCCUGACAACAUCGUGUACACGUGGACUAGAGACGGACUGCCCAUUACCAGGAGCCAGUAUACACAGAACGAGCGAAUAAUAUCAGUGGGCAGCAGUCUGACAAUUUCGUCCGUCUCCCGCCACGACGCCGGCGUGUACACUGUGGAGGCCACCAACAGCCGGGGCGCCGCCGCCAGCAAUGUCACGCUUGUUGUGCAGUAUUCUGCAAGCAUCAAGUCUGUUUCUCAGAAUGGAAUAACGAGCCCUAACGAAGACGCCAUUUUGACUUGUACCGCUGACGGCUUUCCAUUAAACAGCGAGCACAUACGCUGGGAGCGGGCCGGCUACGAAAUUGAUCCCUCAAAAAUAUCCUUCGAUCCCAAAAACCUAACCUCUUAUCUCCUGAUAGAAAACCCGACACGGCAAGAUGUUGGCAACUUCACUUGUAUCGUGAAUAAUGGGUUAGGGAGAGAGAGUAGGAGAGAAGUUAUGUUGGUAGUUCCGUUUAAACCGGAAAUGGAUGUGGCGCCAUCUUUGGCUAAAGUCGCUGCUAAUACGGGACAGAGUGUUGAGUUGACUUGCAGAUGCCUAGCCGCCCCGCAACCAACAUUCACUUGGACCAAAGACAACACGCCACUACCAGUCAACACUUCUACUAAAUACACUUCAAAAACUUACCGAAACAGUCUUACGUACACUUCUGUUUUGGUGAUAAAUGCGGUGACUAGCAAAGACUAUGGAAGUUACAAGUGUGAAGCGAGCAACUAUUUGGGCGGGGAAAGUGCGAAUGUUGAAUUGACGGCUACAGCGCCACCUGACAUGGUUGGUCCCCUGACCGUAGUAAACGUGACUCAGUCGACGAUCACGAUAAGCUGGUCGGCGGGCUUCGAUGGAGGGUUGCCUGUCAGAUAUCGCGUUAGAUACCGCAAAAUCUACGACGAAUCGUACCGCUACGAAGACGUAACCCCCCGCAACGCCACCCACUUCACCGUGACGGGACUCGAACGUGGGACCGCGUACCUACUGUCUGUGAUGGCGAUCAAUAGAAUAGGGCAGAGCAAGUAUCGGCCGGACGACACUAGCGCCACUACACUGGCUUCUUCGAACCCUGGGGAACUGUCAAUUCGUCCGUCAGAGCAUGGGGACAUGUCAAACGGCGCUAUAGUGUAUGUGUCAGUGACGGCUGCUAUACUUGUCAUAGUGAAUGCGGGUUUAGUGGCCUGUUUUCUGCUAAAACGCCGGAGCAGGCGAUUGAAAGAGCAAGCGGGCCAAGCGUCCAAAGCGGCCACCAUAGAGAUGUACGCGCCGUCUUCCUACAACGAGACGGUCACGGGCGACACUCUGAGUUCCGUCAGCGACAAGUCGGAGACCUACUCCGAGCCCGCCGGCUGCCCGCCCGUGCCCGCCAUGCCGCGGACGCAGCCUCAAGACACGUACCUAACCGACCCCGGUCUAGUCCUCCCCCCUCCACUAGACUACCCGGACUACCCCCCUGACUACGCGCUGCACGCGCGCACGCUGCCGAGGCAACGGGAUAUGCAGAAUAAAGUGACAUACGCGCCGGCGCCGUCCCCGAUGCCGCCUCUAGACGGCUCCUACUACAACAUGUCUUCAGACAGAUAUCUGAGCUACCCGCCGCUCAUAGGCGAAUAUCUGUCGCAACAGGCCAACCGUCCCCCGAUGUCGGGCUACGCGACCACGCCACGGCCGCAUGUGUUGAGAGAAGAGAACGAGAUGAGUGUAGACGCACCGCAGGGGUACGAGGUCGAUGUAUCGGAGCGUCAGUCCCUGUCGGGCACGCUGGGCCGGCGCCCCGCGCUCUCCGCCGCGCCGCCGCCGCCUGACGUCACUAGGACUCAGUUGCACAACAGUCCGCAACACCCGGCCACGCCACCUACCGUCAAGCAGCCGCAAUCCAUCCUCAAGUGUCCGAACAGAACGAAACAGAACAACUACGACUACGGCAGUCCACUUAGCUCGAGCAGUCCACAAAACACUGCGCAAAUACUCACAGUUCACAACCUGAGCAACGAAGUACCCCACUACGGUACGAUAAGGAAAGACAAGAACAAACAAACGUUAAAUUAAAGUGUGUAAAUUUGACUCUAAAGUGUGUAAGGAUGAC